AUGGCUCUUUUCAUCCUAAGGCUUAUUGUCGCGGCCGUCACUGCCAGGAUCACCAUGGCCAGUGCCAGUAAUGCUGCCCCGUCAGCAACAGCGUCCAUCGCGCUGCCCAUGCAGUCAUCGGCGCUAGGUCCACUUUUCAACAUCACUGUCGGAACACCUCCGCAGCCACUGACCGUGUUGAGCGACUGGACCUGGAUGUCUCUGUUCACCCGCUCUGCACACUGCGAGGGAAGCUACAACGUCACCGCGUGCAUUCCACCAGGCCAGCAAUGGUACAAUGAGCGCCAGUCGACCACCUUCCACAAUACCAGCUAUGACGCCACGGCGUGGGAAAACACCAGCUUCCUUCCCGGCUACCCUUUCGCGGUGACCUACGGGCAGGACAGGGUGUGCAUGGGCGAGAUUUGCUCCAACGAGACGGUGUUCCAACUCUCCAACUUCAGUAUCACCAUUCCCGACGUCGUCCCAUUCGGUGGCAUCUUCGGCCUCGCGCCCGUCCUGCCCGGUCUAAACGAGACUUUCUUCCCGGCAUCCUACCAAGCCUAUCUGGGGGGACGCUUGGGUCCCCAGGUCGGCUUCCAUUCUUGCGCGGCCUUGUCCUCCACGGACACCUGCGGCGGAGGCGAUAUGCAAGCCGUCCUCGGGGGCACCGCCGGCCCGGAUGUAUAUGACCCGGCGGACCUAGUUUGGUUCGAUGUCGAAGCGGAAGACUGGCUCUCUGAGAGUGCUCCGUUGAAUGUGCGGCCGGCCCGCAGCAAUUUCUGGGCUGUCCAAUGGACGGGGAUGUGGAUCGGCGAGGAGAGUCUACCGCUGGCCCAAUCCACCACAACGGGGGGUUGUGAGAACAUGCCCCUGGCGGUUUUCGAUGAAGGGUCCGAGGGAUAUAGAGCCCCGGUACCUGCAGCGGCCUUGGAUACGUUUCUGAGCGCGACAAACGCCACCGUGUCAGGCUCGACGUAUUCGCUUCCAUGUGAUAUUGAUCAAGAGGGCCUUCCGACCCUGAGAUACGAAUUGCAAGGCAAGCACAACUAUACUAUCCUCCCUUCGGAGUACGUCACGCGCAGCGAUGAGGGAUGCGAGUUGAGGAUCCGGGCGUGGGAUUUCGAGAGCAAUGGGCCCAUGGCACUAUUUGGACAGGCUUUUCUGGGACGGCUCUACAUUGUUCUUGACUUUGCAAGAUUGCAAGUUGGUUUGACUCCAUUGAGAGAGGAGUUGUUUGUAUAA